AUGUUGAAAUCUGAUUUCCCGGAUCUCGACAUACCCAAGGUCAACGUCCUCGAUUACCUCUUCCCCGAUGGCCAGACACCUUCAGAUCAGCCAGUAUGGCACGAUGCCGUACAACCGCAGAAGAACCUUAGCCCGCGACAGAUGCUGCAAUGGGUGAAGCGGUUAUGCCUGGGACUUGAUCGUCUGGGCAUCGCCCAAGGCGACGUCUGUAUGAUCUACUCGCCCAAUCACCUCUUCAUCCCAGUCGCAUAUCUCGGCAUCGUCGGUUCAGUACGCUCGUUCAGCGCUGCGAACCCGAUAUACACGGUCAACGAAGUCGUCCAUCAGCUUAAGAACACCGAAGCGAAAUGUAUACUGGCGCAUCCUACGAUGCUGGAGAACGCUUUAGCAGCGGCUCAGAAGGUGGGAAUGUCGAAAGAGCGGAUCUUCUUGUUCAACGACGAGCCCUGUCAACCGCAGAACGGCAUAAGAGAUUGGCGGGAGAUGAUCGCAAGUCCAGAGGAUGCAGACAAAUAUCAAUGGAGAAAACUCAGCCCGGAGGAGUCGGUAAACACAGUUGCAACAAUCAACUACAGCUCCGGCACGACAGGUCUGCCGAAAGGCGUCUGUAUCAGUCACCACGCUCUUAUCGCGAACGUCGAACAAACUAUCUACAUGAGGUGGUACCCUGGACUCAAACCCGGCGAGCUGCCGCAGGAGAGAUGGGUUGGCUUCCUACCGCUAUACCACGCUUACGGCCAGCUCUACGUCAAUCUCAUGGCAGCCAAAGUCCGCGUACCGAUCUACAUCAUGAAGCAAUUCGUCUAUUCUGAGUUCUUGCGCUGCAUACAGGAAUACAAAAUUACACAUCUUCAAGUCGCGCCGCCAAUCUUGAUCAUGAUGAACAAGCGACCGGAGACCAAGGACUACGAUCUGACCAGCUUGAAGGGUAUACUGUGCGGUGCAGCACCUCUAGCCAAGGAGCUGCAGAAUGCCGUGCAGAGGGACUUCAACGUAGAUAUCAAGCAAGGCUGGGGAAUGACGGAAGUGACUUGCGGCUCCAUCCUACAGAUUAAGCCAUCUGACAAUGGGAACGUGGGCCAGCUGAUACCCAAUACGGAGUGCAAGCUCGUUGACGACGAUGGUAAGGAGGUUGGGUUCGAUACGCCAGGCGAGAUGUACAUCAGGGCACCGAACGUGUGCUUGCGGUACUGGAAGAACGAAGCUGCUACGAGGGAGACGAUCUCGAACGAUGGUUGGCUCAAGACAGGAGAUGUGGCUGUCGUGAACAAGGAGCAUAUCCUCUGGAUCGUUGACCGGAAGAAGGAGUUAAUCAAAGUGAACGCCCUCCAAGUCGCUCCAGCAGAGCUCGAAGCGGUCCUGUUAGAGCACGACGACAUAGCAGACGCCGCCGCCGUCGGUGUCCAGAUCUUUGGCGAAGAGUUCCCGCGAGCGUACGUUGCGCUCAAGGACGAGAGUAAAGCCAAAGGAAUCACCCAAAAGCAGAUACAAGACUGGAUGAAGGGCAAAGUGGCCAAACACAAACAACUCGUCGGCGGUAUCGCUUUCGUGGAUGAGGUGCCGAAGUUGGCCAGUGGGAAGAUUCAACGGAAGUUGAUGAGGGACUGGGCGAAGAGGGAUGCUCCGGGGGUAGAGAAGGAGAUGGGGAGUGUGCGUGCUAAGUUGUAG